CAGAUUGAAAUGUAAGCCUGUCUCCAGCGCCGUCAGGAAGCAGAUCGAGAAUUUUGUCCCUCUUGUUCUUUAUCGCGCAAGAAGAUUUUCUUGGACGCGGUUUUGGACAGUGGACACGCUGGACGCGGAGCAGGAUCCACGCAGGAGGCACGAACCGGACACCGUAUUCUUCGUUUGCGGCUUUAACACGAUGGAGCCAGCCUUCGGUGAGGUGAACCAACUCGGCGGUGUUUUCGUGAACGGCAGGCCGCUCCCCAACGCCAUUCGGCUCAGGAUAGUGGAGCUGGCCCAGCUCGGGAUUCGACCCUGUGACAUCAGCAGGCAGCUGCGCGUCUCCCACGGCUGCGUCAGCAAGAUCCUGGCCCGCUACAACGAGACCGGCUCCAUUCUCCCGGGGGCCAUCGGAGGCAGCAAGCCGCGGGUCACCACACCCACUGUGGUCAAGCACAUACGGACAUACAAGCAGAGAGACCCGGGGAUUUUUGCCUGGGAGAUCCGGGACAGGCUACUCGCCGACGGGGUUUGCGACAAGUUCAAUCUGCCCUCCGUCAGCUCCAUCAGUCGGAUCCUCCGCAACAAGAUCGGGAAUCUGUCCCAGCAAAGCCAGUAUGAGUCGGGCAAGCAGGCGCAUCACCCACCACCACAACCAACGUUACCCUAUAACCACUUAUACUCAUACCCGACAUCCAAAGUGCCCAAUCCCCCUGGCAUGCCCACCCUUCCCGGACACAUGGCCAUGCACAGGAUAUGGCCUUCCUCGCACUCUGUAACAGAUAUUCUGGGGAUACGGUCUAUUACAGAGCAACAAAUUAGUGACAGUCCAUCCUUUUCCAGCGCCAAACUAGAAGAAUGGAGCGCUAUAAACAGGACUAAUUUCCCACCAGCAAGCUCUCCACUAGUCAAUGGCGUGGAUAAACCGCAUUUAGAACCUGAAGCAAAAUACACACAGACGCCGAAUGGAUUGCCCACAGUGAACAGCUAUGUCACAGCACCCAGCAUCCCUCCCUACCACCCUCCCACCCAAGUGUCACCCUACAUGGGGUACAGCGCCACCACCUCGGCCUAUGUGACCGGACCCACAUGGCAGCCGGCCAGUGGCAGUGCUCUAUCUCCCCACAGCUGUGACAUCGCCACCCCUCUGGCCUUCAAGAGCAUGACAGCCAACCGUGACGCCAUCCACCCAGUCACCGCCUCGGUGCUGUGACAGACUGAUGGGAGAAGGGAGGGGUGGGGGGGCAAGGACAGGAGACACCAGGUCUGUCCCCUGUGGCUUCAUUUCAUUCCCACUGCAUCCUUUCUAUGAAGGACUCGGCCCCAGGACCCAUAUUUGUGCCGUUCUGUAUGUGACCCCCCCCCACACAUCUCCUCCUUCCUGCUACACACCAAAGACCAAAGUCAGACCAAAGACACACAAGGAAUAAACAGUCUGUCAAUGUUUACUACAAACUUAUUAUCUUAAAGAACUUGCAGAACAGGCGUACUGAAGGACUGACUAUGUAUGACUGUUACUCCAUCCAUCAACACAAUUCCCCUCAGAUUCCUUGCACACUUCUGCAAAUGUCUUUGGGCAAAAUGGGGUAAUGUAUAACUUCAUGAAUAAGCAAUCAAAGAAGAGGGGAAAAACGUUGCAUUAGUGUUUCAGGGUGCUUAUUAAUUGCUAUUGUUUUUAUAUGCUUUUUUGUGUUGUUUAUGUUUUGAUAAAGUAACUCUUGUGGAGCAUUGUUUUCCCACUUCUCUAAAAAUGUAGCCUAUGCAAGAGCUCCAGAGAGAAGUUUAUUUAUUAGGUUAAGGUACGUUGAAUGAAGCAUGGGAAUCUCCAUGCACGUUCAGACAAAAUUGGCAUUGGUCUUAUGUUGGAGUCUAUAGCAUUAACAAUUGACAAAUGUUGCACAAUGAAAUUGAAUGUAUCUUAUUAAAUUGUUUGGCUGUUA